GACAGCGCUACAAGCCGAGAAGGACUCAGCCUGACAGUUGGUCAAGGUGAAAGCAUUACUUGUGUCUUAGUUCCGUCAGUCUUUAAUGUACAGUUUAGAGGGGAAAAUAUGUUGCCUGUUAGGUCCAUAUAUGUGCCCCGGUUUGGCUCACCGCUGGGCUCCAGUCAAAGAGAUGAACCACAACCAGACCAGACCACGGCCCGGACAACCCAGACUAAGCACCCAUCUCGGGACAAGCGCGGGAACAAGCACGGGAACAAGCGGGGUAACGUUGUAAAAGCUCGGGUCUUUUUAAAAGUUAAAUUACCAAAACUCAACAGCAGUUUGACCAACAAAGUGACACAAGAGGACAGACCGAAAAGAUGGACGAAGGAGCCAGCAGCAAAUACAACCACGACAACUGUGAGCCGAGGAGGUAUGAGCUUCAAACGGGCACGAGACGCCUCUGUCUCCUCCGACAGAGCAGAGACUGGGACUAAUCGCAGCGGGCGCCACACACCUCAGGAAGAUAUCGAUCCCGGCCCUAAAAAGAAAGCAUGCCUUCCCCUGGAGACUGGAGAGACGAGUUUUCAACAGAUGAGGAUGUACAACCGCCGCGGCCGAUGAAGCGCGCGGCGCAGGUGUGCUGCCUGCCCUUCAGCGUGGAGGCGCUCAUGUCGGACAGGAGGCCGCUGGAUGCGACGGACAGAAACAAUGCAAAUCACUCGCACAGGCCGGAUGAGUUUCCCCAACAUUUAGUAUCUAUUAAAUCAGAGCCAUCGGAACUAGAGGACUGUGCGUCCUGGAUAUCCAGCCCCAUUAAGAUGUCAACACCACCCCGGAAGCUUAGUCCAGCAGUGUGCUCCUUGAGGAAGCACAAAACCAACCGCAAGCCUCGCACUCCCUUCACCACCACGCAGCUCCUGGCCCUGGAGAGAAAGUUUUGUCAGAAGCAGUACCUGUCCAUCGCCGAGCGGGCAGAGUUCUCUUCCUCCCUGUCGCUGUCUGAGACCCAGGUCAAGAUCUGGUUCCAAAACCGACGAGCUAAAGCCAAGAGGCUCCAGGAGGCCGACUUGGAGAAACUCAAAAUAGCGGCUGGCAUUGGGCCCAAAGCUGUAUUCCACCCUGGCUACCAGUCUUUAGGUUUUCCCCUCAGUGUUAACCUUCAGGCUGGAUCAGCAGCACUCUAUGGACUGGGCUGCUCAUACGGCCGCAGCCCCCUUCACCCUGCUGCACAUCUGGCCAUGUACGCCUCACAGGUCGGCCGCAGCUUGUUCCACCUCUCCUGAGAGGAAGCAGCAUUCUACAGACAAAAUGAUGUGGAUGUGUGCGUGAAAUAAAGAGGACAAGAGUGUAUCGUGAAGUCAUGCACCUUAUAAAAGACUUGAUUAAGGACCUGAAGUGGAGCUGAAGUUUAUGACGUUCACAGGUCUUGAGUUACGAGGAUAAUUUACACGUGCCCUUUUACAAAGAUAUGGCAUCUGGAAGAUCCUUCUUUGCUGUUUCCUUUUGCUGAUUCAGCAGGGGUCACUGGCAAUGAAUGGACAAUCGAUAAGGCCAUAUGUAUUUGCUUAUUGGCCUGAAUGCCAGAUUGCAUUUAUUGUAGCCUUUUUGAUUUGAUUUCCCUACUCUUCUUGUUUUUCCAGGAUUAUUACAGCAUUGAGAAUUGAAAUAUUGUCACUUGUUAGCCUUGGUUAUGCAGGGAUAUUGUAUAUUAUACUCUUCUUAUAGAUAAAGAGGCUGUAACUGGAGGAUUUUGGCCUGGUGAAGUGCAGUCUUGCUUAAAAGCAGAAGUAUUCCCAACGACAUAUUUAUUUAUGAUAGCCCUUACAUUCAUUUAUACCAUGAUGCAUAUCUAACAAUUUUAAAACUUCAUGUUUUAUGUGUUUGACAUUACAUUAAAGUUUUUAGUUAACCCUC